UUCUGACUAGGGGCAGUUCAGGUGCAAAAUUCAGUUUAGCUGCAGCACCUUGAGAAGCCCAGGCUCCCGUAUCUAUUAAUUAGCGCUCACUGUGGCGCCGCAAUCGCCUGUUCCAGCGCUCGCUCUCGCUCUCUGCCCGGGAGGGGGAAUCUGAUUAAAGUACCGUGACGUCAGCCAGGAAUUCCUUAUACUCCGCUACUGCCAGCAUGACACCCAGAGCGAGUCGCAACUGCCAUUCGCUUGCUGCUAACUUUCACCCGAUCUCCACUGUUUGGAUAACUCCAUGAAAUCGCUUUGCCUCGGUCGGUGGGAGAGAAAACACAGGGGCAGCAGCAUCAACCUGGGCUUUAACGAUGUACCAGGGGGCAGAGCACAGAUCUGAGAGACAAGGGCAACAAUCGGAGUAGCCACAGCAGUGCCAGGGUUUAAUGCCACUGCACUUAGAAUCCCAUCGUUUGCACAGCCCUUUGCCCUGGUGCAGUCAACCAACUUAUCCUGGUGCCCCCUGAGUGUUCUUCUGUAGGCACCAUGGUAUUGGGCAACAGCUCUGAAGAGCUCAGUGGGAGUGGGUCUGAAUGCAGUGAAGAAGUGGAAAUCACAGUGAAUGUUGGGGGGAUAAGACAGGUGCUCUAUGGAGAUAUUCUUAACCGAUACCCAGAGACCAGGCUGGCCGAAAUGGUCAACUGCCUGGCUGGAGGGUAUGAUGCCAUCUUCUCUCUGUGCGACGAUUACGACCCAGGCAAGAAGGAGUUCUACUUUGACCGUGACCCUGACACCUUCAAGUGUAUAAUCGAGGUCUACUUGUAUGGGGAGGUCCACAUGAAGAAAGGAAUGUGCCCCAUAUGUUUUAAGAACGAAAUGGACUUCUGGAGAGUGGACUUGGACUUGUUGGAUGACUGCUGUAAGAGCCACCUGAAUGAGAAGAACGAGGAGCUGGGGGAGAUAGCCAGGAGAGUGCAAACCAUUCUGGAUGAUUUAGGUGGGGACACCUCGGAAAGCAAAUGGAAAAGGUUCCAGAAAUGUCUUUGGAAGUUUAUGGAGAAACCAGAAUCCUCUUUCCCAGCCAGAAUCACUGCUAUUCUGUCUUUUCUCUUCAUCUUGAUCUCUUCCGUUGUCAUGUGCAUUGGGACAAUACCAGAGAUGCAAGUUGAGGACUUGCAGGGCAACCACGUGGAGCACCCAACUCUGGAUAACAUUGAGACGGUCUGUAUAGGGUGGUUCACCUUGGAGUACCUACUGAGACUGAUCUCAUCCCCCAACAAGCUCCAUUUUGCCCUCUCCUUCAUGAACAUCAUUGAUGUCCUGGCCAUUCUCCCUUUCUACGUCAGCAUUGUCUUGACUCACCUAGGGGCCGGUAUUAUGGGACUCACUAACGUCCAGCAGGCCAUCCAGGCUCUCAGAAUUAUGAGGAUUGCCAGGAUUUUUAAGCUAGCGCGUCAUUCUUCAGGGCUUCAGACCCUAACCUAUGCCCUUAAGAGUAGUUUUAAGGAGCUUGGACUACUACUAAUGUAUUUAGCCGUGGGGAUAUUUGUCUUCUCAGCAUUGGGAUACACCAUGGAACAGAGUCACCCUGAAACCCUGUUUAAAAGCAUCCCCCAGUCUUUCUGGUGGGCAAUUAUCACUAUGACCACUGUUGGCUAUGGAGACAUCUACCCUAAAACCACCCUGGGAAAACUCAACGCAGCCACAAGUUUUCUCUGUGGGGUGAUUGCCAUUGCCCUCCCAAUCCACCCCAUCAUCAACAAUUUUGUGAAGUAUUACAACAAGCAGAGAGUAUUGGAGACAGCAACCAAACACGAACUGGAACUUAUGGAACUUCAUUCCAACGGUGGGUACUUGGGUGCUUCUGGAAGUUCUAAGGAGCUGUCUGAAGGCAGAGGACUAUCAGUCAGAGAUCACAUGAAGGUUUCUCACAGUGAUACAUUCAUCCAGGCUUUGACGGAGGAGAAACACCACAGAACGAGGCUUCAGAGCUGCAAGUAAACUUGACUUUUCCUGACUCUUAUAAAAUGCAGCAGUGGUUAAACAAACCCCUUUUCAAGAGUUCUAGUGACUACUGGGUCACAUUUCCAAUACAGCAAAUAAUAUUAGGUGGAAUUCUUUUCCAGAACGGCUGAAAAUGACUUUACAAAACUGCCAGAUUGUCCUGUGAAAAGACCUUCAUAAGUGUCAGUUAUGUGGUAUGUACAGCUAUUUAUGUAUGUGACUUAAAUAAAAGGAAAUGUGUUACUA